AUGGCCUCGACCUUCACCCUGGCCUCGACCAUCACCCUGGCCUCGACCAUUACCCUGGCCUCGACCUUCACCCUGGCCUCGACCAUCACCCUGGCCUCGACCUUCACCCUGGCCUCGACCAUCACCCUGGCCUCGACCAUCACCCUGGCCUCGACUUUCACCCUGGCCUCGACCUUCACCCUGGCCUCGACCUUCACCCUAGCCUCGAUCUUUAUCCUAGCCUCGACCAUCACCCUGGCCUCGACCAUUACCCUGGCCUCGACCUUCACCCUGGCCUCGACCUUCACCCUAGCCUCGACCUUCACCCUAGCCUCGACCAUCACCCUGGCCUCGACCUUCACCCUGGCCUCGACCAUCACCCUGGCCUCGACCUUCACCCUAGCCUCGACCUUCACCCUGGCCUCGACCAUCACCCUGGCCUCGACCAUCACCCUAGCCUCGACCUUCACCCUAGCCUCGACCAUCACCCUGGCCUCGACCUUCACCCUGGCCUCGACCAUCACCCUGGCCUCGACCAUCACCCUGGCCUCGACCUUCACCCUGGCCUCGACCUUCACCCUGGCCUCGACCUUCACCCUAGCCUUGACCAUCACCCUGGCCUCGACCUUCACCCUGGCCUCGACCUUCACCCUGGCCUCGACCUUCACCCUGGCCUCGACCUUCACCCUAGCCUCGAUCUUUAUCCUAGCCUCGACCAUCACCCUGGCCUCGACCAUUACCCUGGCCUCGACCAUUACCCUGGCCUCGACCUUCACCCUGGCCUCGACCUUCACCCUAGCCUCGACCUUCACCCUAGCCUCGACCUUCACCCUCCUCGACCUUCACCCUGGCCUUGACCUUACCCUGCCCUCGACCAUCACCCUGGCCUCGACCAUCACCCUGGCCUCGACCUUCACCCUGGCCUCGACCUUCACCCUGGCCUCGACCAUCACCCUGGCCUCGACCAUCACCCUGGCCUCGACCUUCACCCUGGCCUCGACCUUCACCCUGGCCUCGACCUUCACCCUAGCCUCGAUCUUUAUCCUAGCCUCGACCAUCACCCUGGCCUCGACCAUUACCCUGGCCUCGACCUUCACCCUGGCCUCGACCUUCACCCUAGCCUCGACCUUUACCCUAGCCUCGACCAUCACCCUGGCCUCGACCUUCACCCUGGCCUCGACCAUCACCCUGGCCUCGACCUUCACCCUAGCCUCGACCUUCACCCUGGCCUCGACCAUCACCCUGGCCUCGACCAUCACCCUAGCCUCGACCUUCACCCUAGCCUCGACCAUCACCCUGGCCUCGACCUUCACCCUGGCCUCGACCAUCACCCUGGCCUCGAUCAUCACCCUGGCCUUGACCUUCACCCUGGCCUCGACCUUCACCCUGGCCUCGACCUUCACCCUAGCCUUGACCAUCACCCUGGCCUCGACCUUCACCCUGGCCUCGACCUUCACCCUGGCCUCGACCUUCACCCUGGCCUCGACCUUCACCCUAGCCUCGAACUUUAUCCUAGCCUCGACCAUCACCCUGGCCUCGACCAUUACCCUGGCCUCGACCAUUACCCUGGCCUCGACCUUCACCCUGGCCUCGACCUUCACCCUAGCCUCGACCUUCACCCUAGCCUCGACCUUCACCCUGUCCUCGACCAUCACCCUGGCCUCGACCAUCACCCUGGCCUCGACCUUCACCCUGCCCUCGACCUUUACCCUAGCCUCGACCUUCACCCUGGCCUUGACCUUCACCCUGCCCUCGACCAUCACCCUGGCCUCGACCUUCACCCUAGCCUCGACCUUCACCCUGGCCUUGACCUUCACCCUGCCCUCGACCAUCACCCUGGCCUCGACCUUCACCCUAGCCUCGACCUUCACCCUGGCCUUGACCUUCACCCUGGCCUCGACCUUCACCCUGGCCUCGACCUUCACCCUGGCCUCGACCUUCACCCUGGCCUCGACCAUCACCCUGCCCUCGACCAUCACCCUGGCCUCGACCAUCACCCUGCCCUCGACCAUCAUCCUGGCCUCGACCUUCACCCUAGCCUCGACCUUCACCCUGCCCUCGACCAUCACCCUGGCCUCGACCAUCACCCUAGCCUCGACCAUCACCCUAGCCUCGACCUUCACCCUGGCCUUGACCUUCACCCUGGCCUCGACCUUCACCCUAGCCUCGACCUUCACCCUGGCCUUGACCUUACCCUGCCCUCGACCAUCACCCUGGCCUCGACCAUCACCCUAG